AUGAGUUGGAAGAAGACGGCUGAGCUCAUGAGCAACAUCCGGCACUAUGCUGGCUUCCCCGCCACCGGAGUCAGUUUGCGCCAGAUGGUUCAGUUCGGCGAGCGCCCCUCUACUGGCACGCUGUUCCGCGCCUCCCAAUUUCUCUCCGAGGAACUCCCCAUUCGCCUUGCCCACCGCGUGCAGGAGCUGGAGGAACUGCCCGACGGCUUGAACGAGAUGCCCUCGAUCCAGCGCGUCCAGGACUGGUAUGCGCAGUCCUUCGAGGAGCUUGUCACCCUUCCCCGCCCAAAACUGUCGCAAGAAGUGCGCGAACGCCUCUUGAGGCCUGCGAAGAAGGCCAGCAAGGAGUCGAGAAUCCUCAGUCAGACCACCCAAAACCCCAGCAUCACCAAGGGACAAUACCGCUCCGAGCCAAGGGGCUUCGACGAGAACGGCAACGGCAACGGCGUGGGUAAAGUGGCCGCGUCCAAGAGAUACUAUGUCGCUGCGGACGACGGGCAGGAAUGGCCGCCUGAACUACACCAGUACAACCUCAAGUUUGCGCAGACUUUGGAAAAGAUAAAGCGCCGCCACGACAGCGUUGUGACGACAGUCGCCCAGGGUAUCCUCGAAUGGAAGCGGAAACAGCAACGGAUGCAAAUCGACCACAACGUCCAAGCCUUCCUCGACCGGUUUUACAUGUCGCGCAUUGGUAUUCGCAUGCUCAUCGGACAACACAUCGCCUUGACGGACCAACGGCAACGGAGCGACCCUAAUUAUGUCGGUAUCAUCUGCACCAAGACAAACGUACGGGAGCUGGCCAUGGAGGCCAUUGAAAACGCGCGGUUUGUUUGCGAGGAUCACUACGGCCUGUUCGACGCUCCGAAGAUCCAGCUGAUCUGCGAUCCGCACAUCCACUUCAUGUACGUUCCGGGACACUUGUCGCACAUGCUAUUCGAAACCCUGAAGAACUCCUUGCGCGCUGUUGUUGAGAGGCACGGCCAAGAUAAGGAGGAAUUCCCGGUGACGAAGGUCAUUGUCGCAGAGGGUAAAGAGGAUAUCACGAUCAAAAUCUCGGACGAGGGAGGUGGCAUUCCGCGCAGCGCCAUCCCGCUCGUUUGGACGUACAUGUACACCACGGUAGACCAGACUCCCAACUUGGACCCGGACUUCAACAAGAGCGAUUUCAAGGCGCCAAUGGCUGGUUUCGGAUACGGACUGCCCAUCAGUAGGCUUUACGCACGGUACUUUGGCGGCGACUUGAAGUUGAUUAGCAUGGAGGGAUACGGAACGGACGUAUACCUGCAUCUAAACCGACUCUCGUCGUCGUCGGAACCUUUACAAUGA